AUGCCCUGUGGAGAGGGUACUGACAGGUGGUCAUUUGACAAGAGCCAGAUGCGCCACACCGGUGAACAACCAACCCCCAGAGCUCGCGUCACUCAACUCCUGCCUGGCUUACCUCUAGUCCAUAUCACCACGGAUUUGAAAGACAACAACUGUGGACAUAUUCUCAAGGGUGUUGAUACGCUCGCAAAUGCAGUCAGUGUUACUUUGGGUCCGAAAGGACGGAAUGUCAUCAUCGAGCAGUCGUUUGGCGGUCCCAAGAUCACAAAAGACGGUGUUACCGUUGCCAAGUUGAUUUCAUUAGAAAACAAGUUUGAGAACUUGGGUGCACGGACGUCGCGUCAAAAACUAAUGAAGUUGCGGUCGGCCGGUGACGGAACGAUGACUGCAACCGUUCUGGCCUGUGCGAUCUACUCGGAGGGUGUGAAGAACGUCGCCGCGGGUUGCAACCCCAUGGACCUCCGCCGGGGCUCGCAAGCUGCCGUCGAGUGCCUCGUCGCGACGGUCUCUGCAAACGGGGACGCCCACGUUGGCAACUUGAUUGCGCAGGCUAUGGAGAAGGUCGGCAAGGAGGGUGUCAUCACUGUGAAGGAGGGCCGGACGAUCGAGGAAGAGAUCGAGAUCACGGAGGGCAUGUCGACGGCGAGGCACUCGCUGCGCUUCGGCGACAACCGCAAGUCCAUCCUGGACGACCUGGCUAUCCUCGCCGGCGGGACUGUCUUCACGUACGAGCUGGACAUCAAGCUUGAGCAGGCUACGCCUGAGCUUCUUGGUUCAACCGGCUCGGUCACCAUCACCAAGGACGACACGAUCAUUCUCAACGGUGAAGGAUCCAAGGACGCCAUCCAGAAGAAGGACCGAUACGAUGACGCCCUCAACGCUACCCGUGCAGCGGUGGAGGAGGGUAUCUUGCCCGGCGGAGGCGUUGCGUUGCUGAAGGCUUCUUUGGCACUUGCCACGAACGCCCCUGGCCCCUCGAGCCAGCCCACCUCCCGGACGCCAAGCCAAUCCAGACGGCCAACUUUGAUCAAGAUCUGGGACCCGGACAAGUUCGCGUGGGGGUACGACGUGAGCAAGGGUCACGAGGCGUGUGUUGUGGAGGCUGAGGAGAAGGAUAGGUACAGCGAGGGGCAGGGGGGCAUGAAUGGGAAGGGAACGGGAAUGGGAAAUAAAGAAAACACGGUCCUCCCCAUGCUCGCCAUCCCGCUACACCGCCUCUCCCCCUCUCGAUCCAACCUCCGACUCUCUCCCAACACCCGCCCCCGCUCGUCGCGUCUGCCGUCCUCGACGUAG